AUGACUGGGUCGGACUCGGUCGAGUCGGCAAAGGCGGUCAUUAUCCUGACCGAAGUCAGCAAGGACCUCAAAGUCACGGAAAUAUUUCUCGCCGAGCAUGUCCACCGCCCCAUCAGCGAGCUGGCGGGAGUUCUCGAUACUCUUGAUGACUACCUCGGCCGUGCCGACAAGCUCACGACCGCCGUCGACAAGAUCCUAAAGUUUAUCGACACCGCCCUUAGGAUCGGCGGGAGGUUUGCUCGAGCCGCCCCGCUGCCUAUUAGCACCAUCCUGUCGGCCAUCGUUGAACUCAUCAAGAAUCUCAGAAUCACUGGCAUACUGCGAAAAGCAUUGGGCGAGGUCAAGUCAAUCGCGCAUAAGAUCAAAACGGACUUUAAGGACAAGGCCAAAAAGGGCGUCAAAACUGUCCUGGAAAAGAUUGAGAGCCUGACUGGCAACAUUCCCGGAUGGGCCAACUCUGUCGACUUUAUGAAGCGUGCCUUUGUGAUUGUUGUCGAAGUGUUUGAUAUGCUGAAGGACGUUUUGGGUGACCAAGCAUUAGGAGCCUCGGUUCUUUCUGGUCUGGAGGGUUUGGCCAGCGGGCCACGGCAAGGAUUCGAGUACGUAACCCGUGAGCCCCCAUGGAAUGGCACUUAA